UGUUGUGACACUUUGUGCAGUUUUUUUAACUUUAGAUUAGAUUUGAAACCAAUUAUAAUUUUAUAAAAAAUGACGUGGUUACUUAUACUGCUGGGAUUAUGGAUUUGGUGGAUGUCUGGAUAUAAACAUAGGAAAAAACUGAGACAAAUAGCUGAAGAGCUGCCUACAACUAUUCCAGCGUUACCGCUGGUAGGACAAGCGUACAUAUAUUUUGGGAAUGAUGAAGACAGAAUGAAUGCCCUCCAAAAGCUUGGACGAGAUGCAAUACAACAGGGCGGGACCAUAGCAUAUUGGAUGGGCCCAGAGUUGACCAUCGGCGUCGCUGACCCUGUGGUAGCAGACUUGCUUCUAAAAAAUUGCCUGUCAAAAGAUGAAAACAUGAUGCGCAUCGUACGCACUUUCACUGCUAAUGGAAGCAUUACCGCUCCAGUGCACCUUUGGCGGCCGCGCCGUAAAAUCCUGUCACCGAUCUUCAGCCUGAAAAACCUGCACGCCUUCGUUGAAGUAUUCGUGAAACAGAGUGCCACAAUGGUGGAGCUUCUACGCCCUAUGGCGGGGGCCGGGGAUUUCUCCAUUUGGAAUUACAUGGCUACGUACACUUUCGACUCUGUGGCAGAAACCAAUUUAGGCAUAAAGUUGAACUCACAGAAGAAUAGGGACCACCCGUUCCUGGGGGCAUUCGAUAGAUGUGGCAGUUUUUUAGGCGAACGACUGGUUUCACCCUGGCUUCAUCCAAAUUUCAUCUAUUACAUGCUGCCAAGUUGGAGACAGUGUAAAAGUUGCGUUAGCUUGAUUGACAAUUUUUUAAGUGAGACUAUUACAGAAAAAAGAAAAGCCUUAAACAGAUUACGUGAAAAGAAAGAAAGUGAUGCCACAUCACCAAAGAUGAUACGAACCUUAGUGGAGUUAUUAAUGGAUACACCAGAACAAGAAAAGAAGUUUAAUGACAAAGAGCUUCUAGAAGAAUCAAAGGUGAUCAUAGGUGCAGGCACUGACACAUCAGCCAUUGGAGCGUGCUACAUUUUGCUCAUGCUCGCACGCCAUCCCAAAGUUCAAGAAGCUGUUUAUAAGGAGCUGCAUGAAAUAUUCGGUGAUUCGGAUAGAAAGGUGACUGUGGAGGAUUUAUCUCGUCUCAAAUACUUGGAACUUGUCAUCAAGGAAUCUUUGCGAAUGUAUCCCCCUGUGCCAGCGAUUGUGAGAGAGGUCAUCGACGACAUUACGUUGCCGAACGGAACGACCCUCACGAAAGGUGUGAGUAUAGCGAUGUACAUCUUUGCCGUGAACCGGAACCCUCACUAUUGGGGAGACGACGCAGACAGUUUCCGACCUGAGCGAUUCCUUGAACCCCUGAAACAUCCGGCCCAGUUCAUACCUUUUAGCUGGGGCAUGAGAAACUGUAUAGGGUACCAGUACGCAAUGCUCUCCUUGAAGACGGUCAUAUCCACCGUCCUGAGAAGCUACCAAGUGCUGCCUCCUUCGGACCUGGAUCCAGCCCACUAUGAGGACCCAAUAAGGGUUAGAUUCAACAUUAUGAUGAAAGAUGUGGACAAUUUUAUGGUGCGCUUGAAGGAAAGAGCUUGAAUGCGAAGCUUAGCAUGGUCACAUUCUAUACAGUCAUUCGACGAGGGGUGAGGGGGGGGGAAGGUCGCGCGCACCCGAGCUGCAUACAUCGCUGUCAUCGCCAUUGUUAGUAGCUCGGUACAUGUCAAAGGCCGUCGGACCACUAUUACUUUUUACACUGUGGCAUGGUUAUGGUUGUCUUGUUUCUGAAAUGUAUUAUAUUUAUCAAAUACAACUUUUUAUUUUAAAUUGUGAAUCCUGAAAUAAUAUAAAAAAUAGCCUCAAACUUUAAUUUUACUUUUAAGAAUAAGUAGUUUUAAGAAUAGUAUGUAAAAAUGAAUAAACAUAAUUAAAAUCAAAUAAUGUAAAAUUUGUCAAUUUUGUACAAUUUACAAGUUUGUUAAUUCAUUAUAGAAUUGAUAAUAUUAACUUCAUUAACUUUUCAUUAACUUCUCUUAGGAUUGAUUUUUUUAAAUGUAAUCUGGAAGAGCGAGGUCUCCUGAUACAGGUAGUUUAUACCUAAUAGGAGGACUCGACCACUAUGUAUUUACCAACUAAGAUUGAAAUGAAAUAAAUUAUUAUCUUAUCUUUAAAAAAAAAUAA